CGUAAACACAAUUUACGAUAGCAUCAAUCAGCUGAUUCAGAAACUGAACCACUAUGAGACUAGUCAUUCUUGAUAACUACGAUUAUGUCAGUGAAUGGGCAGCUAAAUAUAUUAGGCGUAGAAUUAAAGAUUUUAACCCUGGACCAGAUAAAUACUUCACAUUAGGUUUACCUACAGGUGGUACUCCAUUAGGAACUUAUAAAAAGUUAAUAGAAUUCAUCCAACAAGGGAAGCUAUCCUUCAAAUAUGUCAAGACUUUCAAUAUGGAUGAGUAUGUUGCUAUACCAAGGGACCAUCCUGAGAGUUAUCAUUCCUUUAUGUGGAACAAUUUCUUCAAACACAUUGACAUAGACCCAAAGAAUGCCCACAUACUGGAUGGCAAUGCUACAGAUUUAAUAAAAGAGUGUAAUGAUUACGAGAAAAAGAUCACAGAUGCUGGUGGGAUUGAACUGUUUGUUGGAGGUAUUGGCCCUGAUGGUCAUAUAGCUUUCAAUGAACCAGGAUCCAGUCUGGUGUCAAGAACUCGUAUCAAGACACUAAAUAACGACACAAUUAUUGCUAAUGCUAGAUUUUUUGGAGGAGAUCUGUCUAAAGUUCCUAAACAGGCCUUGACCGUUGGUGUUCAAACUGUAAUGGAUGCAAGGGAGGUGAUGAUUCUGAUCACAGGAGCCCAUAAAGCAUACGCAAUGCACAAAGCGAUAGAAGAGGGUGUCAGUCACAUGUGGACCGUCUCAGCAUUCCAACAACAUCCACAGACGAUUUUUAUCUGUGACGAAGAUGCAACGUUAGAGCUGAAAGUCAAAACAGUCAAGUAUUUCAAAGGCUUGAUGGAUCUUCAUAAUCAGCUGAUUGAAGAGAAAUGAUGAAUAAAGACAAAAUUAGAAAUAGAAUUUCAGAAAUUUUUGUAUGGUGGGAUUUUUGUCUAAAGAUUGCAUGACACCUUAUGGUACUGAAUUAAUUUCUCAAUUUUUAAGGUUUUUCACAACCUUUGAAAUACACAAAAUAUAAGGCAUUGAUUUUAAAAUUUUAUGCAUUCUAUCAAUGAACAUUUCCAGAAAUUAAUCAAUGCUUAGACAUUCAAUACACCACAUAAUGUAGGAAUCUAAUACCUGUUCUAAAAAUAUCAAUGAUGUAAUUUUUACAAGUCAUCGUAAAAAAUUGGAAUAAUCUUCUUUUGACCAAUGCAUUAUACAAUGCAAUAUUUGAUUUUACUUCCCAUUAUAGCAAUCAUUACCCGUCAAUGCUAACAAGCGCUUUAAUCUAGAGGCGAGAGGCUAUCAAUUUGGAAGGAUUUUCUUGAUGAGAAGAACCAUCAUUUUUUGUUCUCAUAAAAUUUGCAUGACUGGGACAUAGCCUUUUUGUGCCGAUGUGGCCUAAUGCAACUAUCAAUCAAUCAUAAACUUUGGAACUUGUGUUGUUUUACAAAGACCAAAAACCCAUCAUACACUUUUUUCUGAAAACAGCAAUAACUUGGCAAUCAAUCGGACAUUGUGCUAAAUUAUAUUUAUAGGGUACUUUAUAUUUAUACUGAUUGUAGAAAUUUAUCUGAAUUUUAGAAUUAGGUUUUUGGGGUCAAAUUAUGAGAAAAUUGGUAACAUUGAUUAUAUAGAUGUAGUUAAUAUUAUUCAGGUGUAGGCCAAAAUAAUUACAUUUUAUGUUUUUCUCAUGUAAAAAUAGGGUAGGAUUUAUAGUAAAGCUAGGCAAAGUAUGAUAUGUUUAUGCUUUUAAAAGUAUCAAUGAUGCAUUAUCGGAUAGUGAAAAUUUGCUGGCAGGAUAAGUGAAUGUAGCUCGCCAAAAUUUGUUGGACAUAACUGUAAAGAUUUACAAAUAUUCAAAAAAUUGGUCAAAUGUAUUGAAUAAAUAUAAGAACUCUAAAUAAUAAACAACAUGAUCAAAAUAUGUUUAAAUUAUUAUUAAAAAAAAUUGCAGCAAAUUUCCUGAUCAGAAAAACUGAACACAUUAAUUCCACCAUGCCUACCCCUAGAGAAGCAAAGCAGAGAUUGGCCAGGAUACCAGGCUAAAUAUAAGAUCUGUAUACUUGUUCAAUUAUGUAAUCUAUAAAAAUAUUUUAUGAUUUGUUAGAGGUUGUACUAUUAAAAUGUUUUUUGAGAGACGUUUUUGUUUUGAAUUAUCGUUAAUUUGUUAGAUUUUAAAAGUGUAAAAGUCUCUUACAUAAAUUGAUUAUAUUUUUUAUAUAUCUUUCUAUAUAGAUCUGCAGUGAAUGUACAAAUACAUUUAAAAAUAAGCUUUAAAAAGUUUCAGUAUUGGGGAGGACUUCUAGAAAAGGGCAAUGAGUUUUUUAAAAAAACGAAAUUAUAUUUUUAUAUUUUCUUGUUAGGCUAAAUCAGUAUUUAUUAUGUUUUCAUUAAAUAUUGAAAUCCAUUGUUUUCUAACAUUAACAUGAUUAAGUUUAACAGUUUUUUUGUUAAUUAAGAAUUAACAUAAAAGAAAUUAUAAAUAUAUUAUAAUAUUUUUAAUAAUUUAAAUAUUUUUUUAGGGAGGGGGGAGAUGUAAUCAUGUUGAGAAGAUCAAACACAAAAUUCUGUAAUAUAAAAUUGAAUUAUGUUUUGAAUAAUUUAUUCAAUAGAAUAGAAUGUACUUUUAAACAGAAUACAAAAAAGUUAAAUUUAGAAACAACAGAAAAUAAAUGUAUGUCAUAUUUAAACAUUCACUUUAAUUACAUUCCAUUUUACAAUGUACAUGUAUUAGAUUUACUAGAUAAUGGUUCUCAGAAACACUUUUUUUGUUGAAAAACCAGUAUUAUAUAAUUGAUUUAUUUUUUCAUGCUUUUUGGGGAAAUUCUUGAUAGUAUAUAGUUGUAAGAGAUAAAGUUUACAAUUUUUCAGCUGCCCUUGCCAUCAAUUUAUAUUUUUAUAUCUUGAAUGUAUAUACAUUAGUGUUUGUGUACAGAUCUGUAUAAAUGCUUGAUUGUAUAAGUUUAUUUAUGACAUCUUUUUAAAACUGGGAAACAAAAUAAUUAUGAUACUUGAUUCCCAGAAUGUAUUGCCUUGGACUAAUCAAUCAGUCUGACAUAAUAAAGUGCUAUAAACCAUAGAACUAAAACAGAAUGACAGAAAGACAAACUUCAUCAUCAGAAAAAAGAACAGAUGUUCCCAAUAUUGCCUUUUAAAGGUGUAAAAAAUACUAUUUAUUAUCAGAACUUGCAGGAUUCUUAUGCUCAAUAAAGAUCAUUUGAUUUUUAAAAAUGUAAACUGAAAUCUUUAAUUUACCCAUGUUGAAAGCACAAGACAGUAAAGUAUAUUCAUCUUUUUCUUCACUUAUUAUUUCUUCAUAGAAAAAGUAAUUUUCGGUUUUAACCCUGUUUACUUUUUGGAGCCAUUAUAUUUUGUUAUCAUAUGUUUAUACAAAUAUUAACUGAGGUUCAGUGGUAAUGAUGGAGCUCUGAUAUGAAAAGUAAAAAGAUGUCAUAAAUUCAUUUUGUCUUUAUUAUUUUACUGUAAAUGAGUUCAGUGCACUGGUUUCUAAUGGUGCUAUUUGUAAAGUAUUUUUGAUAUAUCCCCUUUUCAUGUACACAUGAUUUUUUUUUAGUUUUGUCUUAUAAUGCACUUAAAAAUACCAUUGAAAUUGUGAAAAAUCAAAUGGGUUGUACUCUUUGAUAAAAAAAAGAAUUCUGAUCUUUGAUUUAUAAGUAGCUUUCAAGGGUAGUUUUGAACACAGAGUGAGUGCAAAACAAUCUUUUAAGUUUUUUUCUUUGUUUUUUUCUAUGGAUCUCUGAUUUUUUACCCCCCCCCCCCCCCC